GUUCGUCCGAGUGAACGUUGUCCGGUCUCCCCUCGCAAAACCCUAGUUUUUGCCAAAAAUCCUUCUAACUCAGCAACAGCUAUGGUUGCCAGAGGUCGUGGAGGUGGCGGUGGUGGUUUUAGGGGUGGCCGAGGAGAUGGAGGGAGAGGCGGAAGAGGAGGUAGAGGAGGACCGGGCGGAGGAAGAGGUGGUGGGAGUGCCAUGAAGUUCGGCGGAGGAAGAGGCGGCGGAAGAGGUGGUGGAAGAGGUGGUGGAAGAGGUGGAGGAAGGGGACGUGGAGGAAUGAAGGGUGGUAGUAAGGUUGUGGUGGAGCCUCAUAGACAUGAGGGAGUGUUCAUUGCCAAGGGUAAAGAGGAUGCUCUUGUAACUAAGAAUAUGGUCCCUGGUGAAUCUGUCUACAACGAGAAGAGGAUUGCUGUUCAGAACGAAGAUGGAACCAAGGUUGAGUACAGAGUCUGGAAUCCUUUCCGGUCCAAGUUGGCAGCUGCUAUUCUUGGAGGUGUUGAUGAAAUUUGGAUUAAACCAGGUGCUCGAGUUCUCUAUCUCGGAGCUGCUUCAGGAACAACAGUCUCUCAUGUCUCUGACGUUGUUGGCCCUACUGGGGUUGUCUAUGCUGUGGAGUUUUCUCACAGAAGUGGUAGAGAUUUGGUUAACAUGGCAAAAAAGCGCACUAAUGUUAUACCCAUCAUUGAAGAUGCCAGACAUCCUGCAAAAUACAGGAUGUUGGUUGGUAUGGUUGACGUGAUAUUUUCUGAUGUUGCUCAACCUGAUCAGGCAAGGAUUUUAGCACUGAAUGCCUCCUACUUCUUGAAAUCAGAAGGUCAUUUUGUGAUAUCCAUCAAGGCAAACUGCAUCGAUUCAACUGUGCCGGCUGAAGCAGUAUUUGCACAAGAGGUUAAGAAGCUGCAAGCGGAGCAAUUCAAGCCGAGCGAGCAGGUGACUCUUGAACCAUUUGAGCGAGACCAUGCUUGUGUUGUUGGGGGUUACAGGAUGCCCAAGAAGCAAAAGUCCGCUGCCUAGAUUAUGUGCUCUUUAUUAUCUUAACUGACGCCGCACCAUAUCAAACAGUUUUGAGUUGCCUUUCAGUGUUGUAUUGUUAUUACUAUUAGGGGUUUCCACCCUUUUCUUAUUAUUCUCAUUCGGCUUCCUUAUUUCAUUCACUAAUUAAAAUGAGAAUUUAGUUGACAA